GUAGCUAGCUGGGAAGCUCAGUAGUGAGUAGUCAAAUCGGUUCUCUCGUGAGUCACUCGAACUAUCUCCCAUAUAUAGUUGUUCUGCCUACUUGAGGAUUCAAAGAUGGCAUCCCCCACCAUUUCAGUCACUCGCUCUGCUGCUUUCAGAGCAGCGUCAGAUUGCCAUCCACGGUCGUGGUUGUCGUCGUUUGCAACCGUUCGCGACUUCUGGAUACGAGAAGGUGCGAUACCACUAGACACGGGGGGCAACACAAUCCUCCAUUUUCUAGCCAUGUACGGGAACGCAUUCGUGAUUCAGAAACUCGUCGGCGAUGAGAACGGCAGCAGCAUAGUAAAAUGUAAAGAUCUGCUUGGGAGGAACGACAAGGGCAACACGCCGUUGCAUGAAGCUGCGAGGUUCGGUCGAAAAAGUGUGGUUGAAAUCCUUUUGCAGAAACAAGAAUCAUUGGUUCGGGAACGCAAUCGUUUGGGAGAGACGCCUAUUUACGUCGCUGCGGCUUGCGGACACGAGGAUGUUUUCGACCAUCUAAUCGCAAAGGUACUCGAUCGCGAUCAGGAGAUGACCACGGCUUGUGGACACGAGGAUGUUUUCGACCAUCUAAUCGCAAAGGUACUCGAUCGCGAUCAGGAGAUGACCACGGCUUGUGGACACGAGGAUGCUUUCGACCAUCUAAUCGCAAAGGUACUCGAUCGCGAUCAGGAGACGACCAGAAGUACCGAGAAUUCCAAUGUUCUUCACGCUGCGGUCACGGGAGAACAUUAUGGUCUCGCUAUGAGCAUAUUGGAAUCAUUCCCCCAACUAGCUCAGAAUCCUGAUGAAAAAGGAAGAACUGCAUUGUAUCUACUGGCUCAAAAAUCAAAGUCCUUCAGAAGCGGGUCAUUUUAUUAUUCACACAAUUAUAUGUCCGGCUCGAUUAUCCUUUCGGUGCAUUUUCUUGCAGUUCUCACAUACUGGUUUAUUCCUUCGAUGGUGUAUCAGUCGAAAAAAGUUAAUAGCUCAAAACAAAAAGGGUUCCGGGCAUCAAUAGUCACAGGAUUUAGAACCGUCUUCAAAGCUUGUCGACAUACCAGAGGAAUCUAUGAUGAAAAACAGAAACAUGCCUUUGCAUUUGCGCUGGGAAAAAGGCUUGUAAAAGAAGAGAGAGAAUGGAGUCGCUACUUGGGUGAUCACAUGAGGAGCCCGAUUGUUGAAGCCACGAAGAAAGGCAUUAUUGAGUUGGUAAGUGAGAUUUUAGAUAAAUUUCCGGAGGCUGCGUAUGGGUUUGACAAGAAUAGUGAUAAUGCCAGAGGAAAGAACAUAUUGCAUAUAGCGGUUGAGCAGAAAGAUUGGAAUAUCUACAACUUGUUAAAGAGGAAAAUAGGACUCGGAGAUGGAAUGUUGGUGGGAGAUGUUGAUAAUAAUGGAAACACUAUAUUACAUCUCGCUACCAAAUUGGGUACCCCAAGUUUUAGAUCAGUUCAACGUGGACAUUUGUACCAGAUGAUGUGGGAUGUUUGUUGGUUUGAGCACGUGAGUCAUGACUCUCCCCCACAUCUAAUGUAUCUUCGAAACUCGGUCGGGGAGACUGCAACAGAUGCAUUCUUAAGAGAACAUUUGGAAAUACGAUCGGAGGCCGAGAAAGCAGUCAAAGAUGUGAACAAUGGCCUGAUGCUAGUUGUUGUGUUGAUCGGAACCGUCAAUUACGCCGCGCUCUUUACCCCACCGGGAGGUUACCGUCAAGACGAGAAAGAUCCUAAAUACGGCCUCCCCGUUAUUUUCACGGAAGAGAUGCGCAUCUACUUCUUGCUCAUAUUCUGCGGCCUCUUCACCGGUGUUCUUUCCUUCACGAUUAUGUUUUCGAUCCAGUCGCUCCCGUUCCGCACCAGCGACUUCUACCUGGACUUGCCGUUGAGGCUUUUUCUUGCCAUGUCUUCCCUGGUUCUCUCCAUGGCGUUCACCGCCCUAUCGUCUCGACAGGUCUACCUUCUUGAUCAGCUUUAUCUCCCUCAGGGUGCAGUCCUUGCAUACUUUUGCGGGGUCGUUUUAAUGUUCACCCUUGUAUACAUAGACGUAACAUUCUUGACCGUCUAUUACCUCUCUUUUGUGAAAAACAAAAAUAAAAGUUAUUAAUUAUCGAACCGAAGUUUACAAAGACCAAUAGGAAACAAGGAGAAAAGGCAUCACAACCUACACCCAGUAGGAAGAAAAGUACUCUUGAGUUGCUUUCCUAGCGGCCCAUGAAAAGCACAUGGUUUACCUUACCACUUGAGAGAUCAGGCUUGAAGACUUUCAAGCUUCCGUAAUAUAUUUUUAGAUUUGCUCAAUAAAUGUGAGUUUAGCUCAUCUUUGUUUCUCUCUCUCUUGUUUAUCCUAUAAAUUGGCUUGUAAUUUGAAUACGUAAGUUUGCAAAUAAGAGUGAUCAAAGUGUGUGAGGGAGUGUAUGAGAAAUUCAGUUUCUCAGUGUAAUACAAAUUG